GAUGUGAGGUCAUAGUGACGUGCGGCGUAGACCCGAACAUGGCUAGGCUUGCUUUAUUUUAUUUUCUAUUUUGGUGCCCACCGCAUGUUGUCUUAAGAAGUACCUGUGCUAAACACUUUCAAUGCUUGUCAAGUAUGCUAAUAAAGUAUAAUGAUGUUAAAAAACAUUGCUUGAGCAUAGACAGCGCCAUAAUUGUUUACAGGCUAUUACCGGUGUUUCCUUAAUUCAGAUCGAAAACUGAGCACACACAAGAUGCAUACAUGACGCUUCGCCCAAUAGCUUCGCUAACACCAAAUAGUUCGCGUUUAAUUGUGUUUUUUGUAGAACGGAUAUCAACGAACUGUGUUUUAAAAUUAGAGAUAGCCUCAGUGUAGAUUAAGAACCGCUGAUUUUAACUUUUUUAACCGAGCACUUCGGAACACAGUAGUUUUAUCUCCUAAAUAGGUUAUGUCCAAACCACUUUAAAUUUGUGUCAUCUGUUCUUUCCCUCAAUAACAUUCAUUUACUUUCCAAUAAGCCCAGGGGGCGGUCGGGUAGCCCAUGGCAAGUGGUUAAAGCGUUCGCUCGUCACGCCGAAGACCCGGGUUCGAUUCCCGACAUGGGUACAAUGUGUGAAGCCCAUUUCUGGUGUCCCCCGCCGUGAUGUUGCUGGAAUAUUGCUAAAAGCGGCGUAAAACCAUACUCACUCACUCACUCACUCAAUACGUCCAACACGUGCAAAGUCUUCCUACAUGAACUAUGCUGUAGACUGGAUUUAAUCUUUUUAUAAAGUAUUUAAAGUAUAUAAAAACAUUUGGAUAAGAAGAUGUAACAAAUUUUCUUAAAAAAAUAGAAACUGAUUAAUUGCCUGUAGAUAAAAGUAGUUAUUGGUUUUGUAAUAAAUUUACAUUACAUGUUUGUUAGUUAUGGAAACUAUUAACUCUCCUGUUGAUAUUGCAUAUAUUCAUCAUUUCUUAGUUAUGGAUGCUAUUGACUCUCCUGUAGAUAUUGCAUACAUUCAUCAUUUCUUAGCUAUGGAUGCUAUUGACUCUACAGUAGAUAUUGCAUACAUUCAUCAUUUCUUAGCUAUGGAUGCUAUUGACUCUACAGUAGAUAUUGCAUACAUUCAUCAUUUCUUAGCUAUGGAUGCUGUUGACUCUACAGUAGAUAUUGCAUACAUUCAUCAUUUCUUAGCUAUGGAUGCUAUUGACUCUACAGUAGAUAUUGCAUACAUUCAUCAUUUCUUAGAUAUGGAUGCUAUUGACUCUACAGUAGAUAUUGCAUACAUUCAUCAUUUCUUAGAUAUGGAUGCUAUUGACUCUACAGUAGAUAUUGCAUACAUUCAUCAUUUCUUAGAUAUGGAUGCUAUUGACUCUACAGUAGAUAUUGCAUACAUUCAUCAUUUCUUAGCUAUGGAUGCUAUUGACUCUACAGUAGAUAUUGCAUACAUUCAUCAUUUCUUAGAUGUGGAUGCUAUUGACUCUACAGUAGAUAUUGCAUACAUUCAUCAUUUCUUAGAUAUGGAUGCUAUUGACUCUACAGUAGAUAUUGCAUACAUUCAUCAUUUCUUAGAUAUGGAUGCUAUUGACUCUACGGUAGAUAUUGCAUACAUUCAUCAUUUCUUAGCUAUGGAUGCUAUUGACUCUACAGUAGAUAUUGCAUACAUUCAUCAUUUCUUAGCUAUGGAUGCUAUUGACUCUACAGUAGAUAUUGCAUACAUUCAUCAUUUCUUAGAUGUGGAUGCUAUUGACUCUACAGUAGAUAUUGCAUACAUUCAUCAUUUCUUAGAUAUGGAUGCUAUUGACUCUACAGUAGAUAUUGCAUACAUUCAUCAUUUCUUAGUUGUGGAUGCUAUUGAAUCUAGAGUACUUGUAGAUUUCGCAAACAUUGUAUUGUUUGUUUCAAUGAAGAGGACAUCUUAGUUCCAUGUAUGUGUGUAUAUGUGUCUGAAAUAAAACAACUUACCGUAUUUGACGUAAUAAGCGCCCCCCCCCCCCCCCCCUCCCGCUCUAAUAAGCGCCGAU